UCAUCAAAAAAAAUGGCCUCCCAAAUUUGUCAAAACUAUCACCAGGAUUGUGAAGCUGCUAUCAACAAACAGAUUAACCUGGAGCUCACUGCCUCCUAUCUCUAUCAGUCUUUGAUGUCGUACUUUGACCGGGAUGAUGUUGCCCUGCACCAUUUCUCCCGGUUCUUCAAAGCUCAGUCCCAGGAGAAGCAGGAACAUGCAGAGAAGCUGCUGAAAUUCCAGAAUCGGCGUGGAGGCAGAGUCCUCCUCCAGGAUGUGAAGAAGCCAGAGAGGGAUGAGUGGGGUAACAGUCUGCAGGCAAUGCAGGUUGCCCUGGAUCUGGAGAAGAAUGUGAACCAGAGUUUGCUGGAUCUACACCAACUUGCCACUGCCCAGACUGACCCUCAUCUGUGUGACUUCCUGGAGACCCACUAUUUGGAUGAGGAGGUUGAGAUCAUCAAGCGACUUGGAGACUACAUCACCAACCUGAAGCGUCUGGGAGCUCCUGAGAAUGGGCUGGGAGAGUAUCUGUUUGACAGGCUCUCACUGGAGGACAGCAGCUAG